AUGCCCAUCACAAUUCUUAGUCCUCAACCUCCCACGCCCAGGAGACCACAAGCAGUCCCUGUCGCAAAUAAUGAUUCCGACUCUGACUCUGAAGGCGGUGCUGAGGUAGAGGGUGACGACAUCUUCACACCAGGCACCGUGAUAACGUCGAACCCUCAAUGGAUGCGUGGACACGGCACAUAUAUUCCUGCAGGAUCAUCUAACAUCACAUCAUCCCUUGCUGGUACUCUCACAAAGACAAACAAGCUCCUCUCUGUGCGUCCUCUUCGCGCUCGAUACACCCCAGAGAUCGGUGACCUUGUCGUCGGUCGCAUUGUCGAAGUGCAGGCAAAGCGAUGGCGUGUCGAUGUAGCUGCCUCGCAGCUUGCUAUUCUACAGAUUUCAGCCAUUAACUUGCCUGGUGGUAUCCUCCGUAAGCGUACCGAGACCGAUGAGCUGCAGAUCCGCAGCUUCUUCGCUGAAGGUGACCUUGUUGUGGCAGAGGUUCAGCAGCUGCACCAGGACGGAGCCGCGAGUCUUCACACCCGUAGUUUGAAGUACGGAAAGUUGCGAAAUGGUGUAUUUGUUGCCGUUACUGGUACCGGCGGUGGUGGUGGCGUUGUCCGCUCCAAGCGACAAGUCUGGACAAUGGACGUGGCCAACGCUGGUGGCAAGGUCGAUAUCAUUCUGGGAGUGAAUGGGUAUAUCUGGAUCAGUAAGCACAUUGAGAGUGAGACUGCCGCCGAGGCUGCGGGUAUCAACCGCAUGGAGGAGACCGUGAGCAACAAGGUUUACUCAAGCCAAAACGACCCCAUGGAGGUGACAACUAUGCGCGAGAUUGCAAGAAUUCGCAGUGUCAUUCUGGCUCUUGUUGAAAACGGGCUGAAGGUUGAUGAAGGUACAGUGAACAGAGGGUACAGCGAGGCUGUGGAUAUCGCCAGAGAUUCGACUGAUGAUGAUUUGUAUCUGGGAGGGGAGAAGGGACGUCGCCUGGCAGCCGCCUUGACUGGUUACUGA